GGGGAGCCGCAGAUCCAGCCCUUCAACACGCCGCUCACUCUUACGUCCCGUCCCUGAGCAGAGAGCAGAGCUGGCCACGGCACAGAUUUCUCCUCCCUGCCCGGAUCUUAUCUUUUCUCCACCGGAGCUCCUUGUUUGUUUGUUUAUUUUUUCCCCCCUGCGCCCGGCUGGCAUCGGAGUAAAGAGUGGUGAUCUGUUUGGUGCGUAACCGUGCGCAAAGCCAUUGCGAGGCUGUGCCUCCGCGGCAAUGGAUUGAUCUCAGUGUGGUGGGCUUUUUUUUUUUCUUUUCUUUUUUACGACCUGUGCUUCGACCAAGUUAAGAAAACAGUCUCCAACCUGCGGCUCUCUCCUUCCAAGCUGCAUGUUUCACCAGAGGAGCUCUAAAAGUCCCUGGAUCUGGAUGUUUUUGCACAUUUUAGGACUUUGAACUUUUUUUUUUUUACCCUCCUUGUUGCGUUUGCAGGAGGCUUGCCUGGGAUUCUAAGGAUCUAUUUUCGGGGGAGGGCUUUUGAAUAUCUUCUCCGGGGUCCCUGAAGCCUGCAGAGAUUUAUUUGUGAAAAGUGAUGGCCGAGCGGGGAGCUCUGUCGCUCCUCUCUCUCCUCUGUCUCACCUUUCUCUACACGGAGACCACCGCGGCAAAGCAUGCCGAUAAAGGCUCAGCGGCGCAGCCCUUCAGCCCCUUCUGGUUCACGGCGGAGCCCCAGGACACGCUGGCGAUCCGGGGCAACUCGGCGCUGCUCAACUGCUCGGCGCACAGCGACGCGGCCACGCCGGCCCGCGUCGAGUGGAAGAAGGACGGCACCUUCAUGAGCCUGGUGUCGGACGAGAGGCGGCGCGUACUUCCGGACGGCUCGCUGUUCUUCGCCCACGUGGUCCACUCGAAGCACAACAAGCCGGACGAGGGGACCUACCAGUGUGUGGCCACCAUCGACAACCUGGGCUCCAUCUCCAGCCGCACAGCACGCCUCGCUGUAGCAGGGAUUCCGCGGUUCGCCAGUCAGCCGUCGCCGGCCUCCGUGCACAUCGGGGACAGUCAGGUGAUGAUAUGCGAGGUCAACUCGGACCUGGUUCCGUUCACGCGCUGGGAGAAAGACAAGGAAGCGUUGGAGAUGAGCGACAGGCUGAUCCAGUUGCCCAGCGGCGCCCUCGUCAUCAGCAACGCCUCGGAGACUGACGCUGGCCUCUACCGGUGCGUUGUGGAGAACGUGGGCUCCUCCAAGUCCAGCGAGGAGGGCCCGCUGCAGACGAUACCAGAAACUGGAGGGGAGAGGAAGCUGGAGUUCCUGGUGCAGCCUUCUUCUGUGGCCAAGCUGUUGGGUGCGAGCGUGCUGCUGCCCUGUGUGGUCGCCGGUCAUCCUGCCCCUCACAUCCGCUGGAUGUUUGGAGACAAAGUGCUGGACGAAAGCGACGGUCGUGUAGAAGUGGUGGGAGGCGGCAGCCUGCAGAUUUCCAACAUCACGGAGGACGACGCCGGCACGUACACCUGCGUGGCCGAGAACUCCAACGCCACCAUCGAAGCCCAGGCCCAGCUCACAGUUCAAGUUCCUCCGCGGUUUAUCAAACGACCAGCCAACAUCUACGCUCAUGAGUCCAUGGACAUCGUCUUUGAGUGUGAAGUUUCAGGAUCGCCCGCUCCCACCGUCAAAUGGGUCAAGAAUGGAGACGCCGUCAUCCCCAGUGACUACUUCAAAAUAAUUAAGGAGCACAACCUGCAGGUUCUGGGUCUGGUCAAGUCCGACGAAGGGUUCUACCAGUGUCUGGCAGAAAACGAUGCCGGCAACAUCCAGUCGAGCGCGCAGCUCAUCAUCUUGGAUCACGACGUAGCCCUGCCCGCCUUCCCCCCCCCUUCACUGACUCCUAACACUACUGACCAUGUAACAGCAGGCUCCGGAGGCAUAGCCGCUCCAGCGGGGCCCACCCCCUCGGCGCCCCGAGACGUCGUGGCUUCCCUGGUCUCCACCCGCUUCAUCAAGCUGACGUGGCGCCAGCCGGCCGAGCCGCACGGAGACGAGCUGACCUACUCCGUUUUCUACAGCCAGGAGGGCACCAGCAGGGAGCGGGUGGUGAACACAAGCCGACCAGGAGAGAUGCAAGUCACCAUCCAGAAUCUGAUGCCAGACAGCAAAUAUCGCUUCAGGGUGGUGGCGCACAACAGCAACGGGCAGGGCGAGAGCUCAGCAGCGCUCAAAGUGGCCACCCAAGCUGAAGUACAAGUUCCGGGUCCAGCUCCCAACCUGCAGGCCGUGUCCAACACGCCGACCUCGGUCUCCCUGAGCUGGGACAAACCCCUCACAGGCAACGGAGAGAUCCUCUCCUACAAGCUCUACUACACAGACAGAAGUGUUGGCACCGAAGAGGAUGUUGACAUAGACGGUCAGUCGUACACCCUGGCUGGACUGAAGAAGAACACGGAGUACAGCUUCCGCGUCGUUGCCAACAACAAGCACGGCCCGGGGGUCUCCACGGAGGACGUCAUUGUUCGGACGCUUUCCGACGUUCCAAGCGCCCCUCCUCAAAAUCUCACCCUGGAGGUCCAGAACUCAAAGAGCAUCGUGGUUCGGUGGCAGCCCCCUCCGCUCAGUGGCCAGAACGGGGAAAUCACCGGCUACAAGAUACGUUACCGGAAAGUCCCCCGGAGGAGCGAGUCGGCUGUGACCACUGCAGGGACCGAGCUUUACAAGCUCAUCGAUGGUCUGGAGCCAGGAACAGAGUACUCCUUCCGGGUGUCAGCCAUGACGGUAAACGGGACCGGACCGGCCACAGAGUGGGUCCCAGCAGAGACGUUUGAGAGCGACCUGGACGAAUCACGCGUGCCGGACCAACCCAGCUCGCUGCACGUCCGCCCGCUGGUCAACAGCAUCGUGGUGAGCUGGACGCCGCCUGAGAACCAGGACAUCGUGGUGCGUGGCUACACCAUCAGCUACGGCAUCGGCAGUCCCCACGCUCAGACCAUCAAAGUGGACUACAAGCAGCGCUACUACACUAUCGAGAACCUCAACUCGGGCUCCCAUUAUGUGAUCACACUGAAGGCCUUCAACAACGUGGGGGAAGGGAUCCCCGUGUACGAGAGCGCAGCCACCAGAGUGCAGUCAGACCCCAUAGACCCCGAUGUUGACUUGUACGAACUGUUCCAUACCCAAUACACCCCAGCACCAGAUCCCAGCCCCAUGAUGCCUCCGGUGGGCGUCCAGGCCUCCGUGAUGAGCCACGACACCAUCAGGGUGACGUGGGCCGACAACUCGCUGCCCAAGAACCAGAAGAUCACAGACAACCGGCACUACACCGUGCGCUGGAAGACCAACAUCCCCGCCAACACCAAAGUGAAGAUGGCCAACAGCACCAGCCUGACCCACGUAGUGACCGGUCUGAAGCCCAACACGCUGUAUGAGUUCUCCGUCAUGGUGACCAAGGGCCGACGCUCCAGCACGUGGAGCAUGACAGCUCAAGGAACCACCUUUGAGACCACCCCUAGCUCCGCCCCAAAAGACGUGACGGUGGUGAGCAAGGAGAACAAACCUCGCACCAUAAUAGUCAACUGGCAGCCUCCCUCUGAAGCCAAUGGAAAGAUUACUGGUUACAUCAUCUACUACAGCACAGACGUGAACGCAGUGGUCCACGACUGGGUCAUCGAGCCUGUGGUGGGGAACCGCCUCACCCACCAGAUCCAGGAGCUGACACUGGACACAACGUACUACUUCAAGAUCCAGGCCAGAAACUCCAAAGGAAUGGGGCCCAUGUCCGAAGCCGUUCAUUUCCGAACUCCCACGACUGAGUCCUCUGACAAAAUGGCUAACGACCAAGCUUCAAAUCUCCCGCCAAAGCCAGGACUUCCAAACAGCCAAAAUCCAGACGGCCCUCGAACUUCAGUUGGUAAAACAGGUGUCGGCAGCGGAGAGAACAACAUCCUGAUAAUCGUCAUCAUAAUAGCAGUAGGAGUCUUCACCAUCAUUCUGGUGGUGGUGGGAGCCUUACUGUGCACACGGCGCAGCACGUCCCACCAGAAAAAAAAGCGCGCCGCUUCAAAAUCAUCCAACGGCUCCCAUAAAUACAAGGGAAACUCCAAGGACCUGAAGCCACCCGAUCUUUGGAUUCACCACGAGAGGCUGGAGCUGAAGCCCAUGGACAAGUCGCCGGAACCCAACCCAGUCAUGACCGAGACGCCCAUCCCUCGCACCUCGCAGGACAUCACGCCCGCCGACAGCGGCCUGGAGAGCAACCCCCACCUGCAGCAGAGGCGCAACUCCUACCGAGGCCACGAAUCAGACGACAGCAUGUCCACACUAGCAGGCCGCCGAGGGAUGAGGCCUAAAAUGAUGAUGCCUUUUGACGCGCAGCCACCCCAGCCUGUGAUUAGUGCUCACCCCAUCCAUUCCCUCGAUAACCAUCAUCACUAUUAUAACACGGGCAGCCUGGUAUCACCGACAUGCAGCUACCUCUACCAUCAAGGCAGCGGGCACCCUCGCCCGCACGCCUGCGCCACCCCCAUCUCCCACCUAGAAAGGGUGGACUCCUCAGAAUGUGUGAGGAACACCCCCAGUUCGGAGCCCCUCCCUCCACCCACCGCCUCUUCCCAGGUCUCCUGCCCCUCAGAGAUCAUGGCUGACCCCGAGGGCAGCUACCACGGCUCCACCACCACCGAGGAAGAGCCCAGCUACUCCAGCAACCUGCCCCCGCACCGCCCGGCCCACCCGCACGCCUUAGCCCACCCCCUCAAGAGCUUUGCUGUUCCUGCCAUCCCAGUCUCCGGCCAUCCAUCGUACGACUCCCCCGCCCUGCCCAGCAUGCCCCUGCUGGCUCAGACCGGCCCUCCCAGCCACCCUCACGUUGUAAAAACAGCCUCCAUCGGAACGCUAGGAAGGACACGCACUCCGAUGAUAGUAACGGUGCCCAACGCCCCCGACGUGCCAGAGACGAGCAAAAUGCUGGAGGAUGUAGACAGCAGCUACGAGCCCGACGAGCUGACCGAGGAGAUGGCGCACCUCGAGGGCCUGAUGAAAGACCUGAACGCCAUCACAACGGCGCCAUGACCCCCACACGCUGACACAGACGCACACGCACGCACACAUAUAUGCAGAAGAGACACACGACUUUCACAGGCAAACAAAACACAUCCAGAACACAAUCCUUCCGGAGCCAGAGGUCUGUUGGACAGGAAGCGGCCUCUUGCGCCCCGCAGAGACAACUUAAACCUCCAGCCUAAAACGUAGGGACUUCUUCCCGGCUCACUUUGCUCAGUCUCUGACAGGAGAUCGCCACGAGGGGAGGGGGGGUGGGGGGGAAGAUAAUCGAGACGCUUCAUGUUUAUAUGAAGAACAAAUCUCAGACGAUUGACUUUUAAGCAUCGAUUGCUUUCAGCCGGACGAUUGUGGAUCCUCUGUUUUCUCCUCCGGCAAAAACUGGCUGCAGACGGUCGACUCGGCGUGAAGUGACGAGGAGGAAGAUCACAGAUAUGCUGGGUUUUUUUGAUGCUGGCGCUCAUGCGGCGCCGACUACAACACAGUGUUUGAUCAGUGUUUUCUUUGUGCGUUUUGUAUAUCUAUUGGGCCGUUUCAGUGAAGUGAGCAUUGGAUGUCAGCUCCUCCCCUUACUGUUUUUUUUUUUCCUUUUAAUUUUUUUUUUUACAACCCUACAAUAUUUUAUUUCUAUUUUGCUUUUUACUCUCAUGUCAUAUAUUGUUCCAUGACUUUUUAUUCAUUUCAAUGUUAUUUUAUUUUUUUACACGCAUAUCCUUCUGAGUAUGUACAUACAUGUUGUUUUUAAACUGCCUCAUUCUUUUCAUUUUUUUCCCCCCAUUGUUUCAUUAUUAUUAUUAUUGUUGUUAUUAUUAUUAUUACUUUUGAUUUAAAUUGGGUCCUGAGGCUCAGUUUUCAUAUCAGUGGAGGAAUGAAGUCCGAUGGGUUUCAACAGUACCUUUUUAUUUCCCCGGCAUUGUGUUGUCCACGUCACACUCUGAAAUGCUCUUCAGUCUUUCUGUUCGUUGUGGGAGCGGCGUUUUAAAAGCCUUACCAACGUGUUUGUAAGUCAGACCUCGGAGAAGACUCGGACUCCAGGAGAGCUCGUGGAUCAUUCUGUCGGACUUGGACAGCAGCUCCAAGCUCGUCUGGGUUACCUCGGACCCGACAGCUCUCAUGAAAAGAAGAAAUCAAUCAUUCGAUCAAUCAAUCAGCAGCAGCAAAUAAAAAGUUAUCUUUUAUACAACAGGUUUGGCUGUAGGUGUGCGAUUUACCGAGAAAAAAAAAAAAGAAAAGAAAGCAAACUCUUUGGUUUCGGGCAUCUCUUCUGCUGAAACACCUGGGCAUUUUCCUGCUGCAAAGUCUUUUUGAUGUUUUUUUUUUUUUUUCUGCAUCCUCUUCAUCGAAUGCCACACUGUGGUUCUGUUACAAACAUUAGAAGAUGCAAAAAUGCUGGCCUUUCGAAAGGGACUCCCAGAUUUGUUUUUUUUUAUAUAUAUAUAUAUGGUAGGUUUUGUAUGAAGAAAAAUAAACAGAAGCUUGUUCUGAACACAAAACUGCUGUAAGAAAAAGAAAGAAAGAAAGAAAAAUAGGUCCACCUCAGAGACUAGUUUUUCAUUACCCUCUUACCCAAAGAAAUUUUGUCAUUUGCAAUCAUAGUAAUUUCCUCUACUUUUGUGAAUACCAUGUUUUGCAUAAAUGUGCAUCGUCAUGAAUGUCAGUAUAACUGUUAAGAGAUUUUAACUUUGGAGGGCAAACGAGGAGCACGUUUCGAAGGAAACUGGGAGAACGAGGACCGGACUCCAUUUGGGAAACGAUCUGUUGAGUUGUAAACAGUUGAACCUGUAUUGCACUUUUUCACAAUUUUUGGAAAGGACAUUUCUUACAUAUCUUGUGUUUUAAAUAUCAGAAGCUGUUUGUGUAACGUAGUGUCCUAGGUAAGCAGCAGGCAGCUGGUCUUUUUUUUUUUUUUAUGUUCAUGUUUUUGCUUCAGAGAGGAUAUGAAACGAGCGACUGAGUUGUUUCACUUGGCGGCUCGCGAUGAGGAAUUCUGUUGUUCUGCUUGUUCAUGUACAGAGCUUUCUUUGCUUUCUGUAGAAGAAGAAGAAAAAAAAAAUCUGUGGCUUUUUAAAAAAAAAAACAUGUUGGAAAAAUGUUUGGACAAAAAUAUGUUUUUUUAUUGGUGCUCCUAUACAUUGUGUAUACAAGCUAUUAAGAAUACUAACAAAGUAAAUGUUUCUGCUUGUC